CACUUCCUCAAACGCAAUCCAAUUCAAGUAGCAAAAAAAGAAAACACCUCCCCCUUCUCCUUUUUCCAAAUUACAACUGCGCAACAGCAGCGAGGAGAGAAUUUAAGAUAAGCAGAAUAUGGACGGAAGCUGCACGGAUGAGAGUACUACCAGUGAGACUUUAUCCAUAUCCAUUUCUCCGACGUCCGCUGUCUCUUCCUUUCCUCCGCCAACUAAAUCUCCUGAGUCUCCUCUUGGCCGCGUUGGCAGCGGCUCAAGUGUGAUUCUUGAUUCUGAAUCCGGCGUAGAAGCUGAGUCCCGUAAACUCCCUUCCUCUAAAUACAAAGGUGUCGUUCCCCAACCCAACGGCCGCUGGGGCGCGCAGAUUUACGAGAAGCAUCAGCGUGUCUGGCUUGGUACAUUCAAUGAGGAAGAUGAGGCUGCCAGAGCUUACGAUAUCGCUGCUCAGAGGUUCCGUGGCCGCGAUGCCAUCACUAACUUCAAGCCUCAGGGUGCUGAAACCGAGGCGGAUGAUAUCGAAGCCGCUUUUUUGAACUCCCAUUCCAAAGCUGAAAUCGUUGAUAUGCUGAGAAAACACACAUACGACGAUGAGCUCGAGCAAAGCAAGCGAAACUAUAAAAUUGAUGGGCUAGGAAAACAGAAUCGAAACCCAGGCGCCAAUAAUGUUGCUCUCUCAGGGUCUGACCGCGUCCUGAAAGCGCGUGAACAGCUUUUCGAGAAAGCGGUGACGCCGAGCGACGUUGGGAAACUCAAUCGCCUGGUGAUUCCUAAACAACACGCAGAGAAACACUUCCCUUUACAGAGCGGAAACAAUAGCACAAAAGGGGUGCUGCUAAAUUUUGAGGACAUUUCAGGCAAAGUAUGGAGAUUUCGCUACUCUUAUUGGAACAGUAGCCAGAGCUACGUAUUGACAAAAGGAUGGAGCCGGUUUGUCAAAGAGAAGAACCUGAAAGCAGGUGACAUUGUGAGUUUUCAGAGGUCGACCGGACCGGAUAAGCAGCUGUACAUAGAUUGGAAAGCAAGAAAUGGGUCGAACCCAGUGGUUUGCUCGGUCCAACCUGUUCAGAUGGUGAGAUUGUUUGGGGUCAACAUUUUUAAGGCGCCCGGCGGCAGUGGUGUGGCAGAAGGCGCUGGUGGAUGUAAUGGGAAGAGAAUGAGGGAAAUGGAGCUGUUAUCGUUAAAUUGUAUUAAGAAACAGAGGAUAAUCGGUGCUUUGUAACAUUUUGUAAUUUUCUUUUUUUUUUUUUUUGGCAUUUUUGUGAAUGGGGUUUAGGAGGAGGAGGAUGAGAAAGGGGCCAGACAGGUGGUGUUAGAAGCCAGUUGCAAAAGAUGAACUGUAUAUUACAAGGGAAAAAAGCUUAAAAAAUUAGGCUGCAACAAAUUUAAAGGGAAAAAAUAUAUAUAUCCGUCAAAUUGUUCUGUUCA